AUGAAGCUCCGCCCCAUAAUUGGACCCUCCAUUUUAAACGCAGAUCUCUCAAUUUUGUAUGAGGAAUGUAAGAAUCUUUUGGAUUCGGGUGCGGAUCAGAUCCAUUUGGAUGUGAUGGACGGCCAUUUCGUCCCCAAUCUAACCUUUGGCCAUCCGUUGGUUGAUUGUCUAAGAAAAAAGUUGGGUCCGGAACCAGUAGGUACAGUAAUAUUUUUUAAGGUAUUUAUAGUUCUUUGAUAUGCAUUUGAUGGUGAGUAAUCCGGCCGAAUGGUUGGUCCCUAUGAAAGAUGCCGGAGCCAAUCAAUACACGUUCCAUUAUGAAGCCUUGGCCGACGACCAGGCUGUUUCCAAUUUGAUCAAGGAGAUCAAAACCCUCGGUCUUAAAGCGAGUAUGGCCAUUAAACCUAAGACUGAUGUAAGUUCAAUGAAAUGAUUGCAUAAUUUAUGAUCUUAGGUCGCUAAAGUAUGGCCUUUUGCUAAAGACCUGGAUAAUGUUCUCGUGAUGACUGUAGAGCCAGGAUUCGGAGGUCAGAAAUUCAUGUCAGAUCAGCUGGAGAAGGUGAAGAAAAUUCGGUCUCAAUUCCCUGAGCUUACCAUUCAAGUUGAUGGGGGUGUCAGUCUGGAUAAUGUGACCAGUUGUGCUUUGGCUGGGGCUAAUUCCAUUGUGUCUGGCACCGGUCUUAUUAGACAACCAGAUCGAGCCAAGGCCAUCGCCGAAAUGAAACGAAAAGUAGUUAAAGGCCUCGAGGGUUUCAAUUAA